UUUAGUCUCACACUCCCAGCUUUUCAGUACUCUCACCAUCAUCGGAUCCAUCCGAAGGAGGCCAAUUUGAAUUAAGAGAGUCCGGUCCGUUCCCCCCUCAUGAGCCGCCCCAGCUAGAGCUCAACUCCAAUCCAACAUUACUGCCCAAUCUACACUUUCCAAUCCCAACCAGCGAUCAGUUCCUUUCCUUUGUAACAAUGGCGCGUCAUUCAGACUUACAGCUCCCUUUCGGAAAGCGAGCUGCGCCGGUAGGCCCUGUUUUCGCGGUGCUGCUCGUUUUCUGCGCCCUUCUCCUGGGCCCCGCCAUUUCCAGCAAGUCCCCCAAGCUCAGCAAGCCCGCUGACGUAGCCCCUGACGUCAACCUUCCGGAUGAGGCGGUCAGCGAGCGCAAGGCGGUGUUUGACGUCACCAUAAGCGAUGGGACGCACCAUAACCUAGCGGUGUUCAUAUACGAGCUUAGCGCGCUAGAGGGCGGAAGUGAGCCCCACGUGUCGGAGGAGUGCAAGAAGAACCAGGACGUGGCUCUGGUCCUCUUUCACGGCGCCGCUUACAACCACAAGUACUGGGACGUACCCUUCAGCGUCGACAACUCCUCGCACUCGCUUGCAAGGUACCUCGCGAAGCAGUGCUACUUCGUGCUCGCCGCGGACAUGCUGGGCACCGGCGAGUCGGACAAACCGGACGGCUUUGCCAUUGACGUUGCGGACCAGGCCCAUGCCUCUGCGGACUUUCUCUGGUCUAUCCACAGCGACCACAACCCCGCGCGCGAGCGCCAGGCCGAGAAGGUGAUUGUCAUUGGGCACAGUUUCGGCUCCAUCAUGAGUCAGCUCAUUCUCGGCACUAACCCGGGCAUCGCCGACGGCUUCGUUGCGACCGGUUGGAGCAACGGAUACGAGCCCGAAGUGCCCCACUUCGAGGACGUGUUUAACGCCGUCGACCAGCCCCCCAAUUCAAUGCCUUACAUCACGCUGCCAACCGGCGGGCCCCCCUUCGACGGCAUAAACCUGCGCUCCGCUUACUACGACGGCGUCGAUUCGGCAACCUUCCAGAUGCCGAACCCGCACCCGACCUGGACUGACGCCAUGCUGACGUACGACACCAGCAGCUUGGCGGAUUACAUCACCCACAAGAACGCGUUCCUCGACGCCGUUCCGCUGUUAGACAACCGGCGGAACAACGCCGCCAACGCGCCGGACUACAUCUUCAACACCUUCCACACGGAUCAGGCGAGUAGCAAUGCUUUCCGUUCCAUCACGAGCCCGGUGUUCAUGCUCUGCGGCGAGAACGACAUCUUGGCGAACGCGGCCGGCUGCGCGGCGGGCGGCGCCUACUACCCCAACUCCGUCAGCGUGACGUCAUUCGUGCAGCCCAACAUCGGCCACGUGUACAACCAACACAAGACGGCCGUGCCGGGCUGGGAGAAGAUCGUCGACUUUGUCAAGAGCGUCGUUCAUGAGUCGAUUUUGUGUACAAUAUAA